GGGUCUGGCCUGCAAACGCAUCAUUUAACUAAAACUAACGCUCCGAUUUGCAGAGGGACAUGUAUAGAUCAUCAUAUCAUUCCAUUAAAAAGAAAAUAAACGCCGUUCGGCAUUGGGGACCACCUUUUGUUACCAUAGCAACCGAAGAGUUUAUACACAGUGGCAGAGAAAAGACAUCAAAGGAUUCGCUUUACCAUGGAAUAUACUUUUAUUAAUCUACCAUACAGGAAGUUCGUCCAUCAAGAGGAUAAAGGCAUUCAGAAUUUGUUACGGAAAUGGUCAGUGUUGGGAAGACUGACAUGCCAUGCUUACGCAUUUAACCAGGAAUUUCAGGCCUACAACCUGAAGCAGUUUGUUGAGAGUUUUGUUAAAAGUCCCGCAGUCGCCUCUACGCUUGAGGUAUGGCGUGGACAAUACAGAGGACCAUUGGGAAACGGAGCGCAGGUCGAGAGCGUGGCGGAGGUGCCCUGCUCGCUGACGUCCAUGGCUGUGUUCAGGAAGGUCUUCGAGGCCGGGAUUGUGAUGGAGGACGGAGACAUCAAGAAGUGUCCCGACGAGUAUCAUGAGGAUCUUGUUCUGGACGAUCUCCUUAAGAAAGUUCUAGUUGACACAAGGGAGGAGGUGUUUAGCAGAGAGGACCGCCGCCAGCUGUUAUUCAGGCUCUUCCGUUUACUGGCAUUAGGAGGGGAGUGUUGUCAGUUUGAGGACAAUAUUUAUAACUACCUCUCUGUUACCCGGACUCUGUAUAGGGACCUUGUCAGCCCUGAGGCGGACGGCGAGCGCGUCGUUGUAACGUCGAUCGCUGCAGAGCUAAGACUGAAGACGUCGGAAGGAGUGCGAGUGCCAGAGGAGUCCGAAGUCUCGCAGAACGUGCUCCUGCUCGUGAUCAACCCGCAGACCCGUACCCUGACCACCCUCUUGCACCAGCAUGGCGUCGGCGACAUGGAUUAACGACCCUCACACAGGGGGCGUCAUUUCACCUUUUCCUUGGGGGGCGAAACGACCAUAAUCACCUGAAACAAAUUGAAAAUUGAGCUUUUCUAUGGGAAUAUCUGAGCUAUAACGAGAGCUCUGUAGGUGUACUGUAGGCAAAGAGAGAGGCUAAUAACAAAAACGUAUCCAUCUGGUCCAUAGGGGAGGUAAGCCAAUCUUGUGAUGAGACAAGCAGUUGCUCGCCCCAAUCGACGCCCAGCUUUCUCCUUCAACAACUCUUUUGACGGUUUUGUUAAUGAAUGGUUGUUGUAGUUUAAUUCGCUUCUCACAGUGGACGAUAGACAGUGAACAAGGUUUAAUAGUAAAUUCAUCUAGCACAGCGAACGGUUUACAUAUAUAAUGGCCCAUGCAGAAUAAAAGUGUGAA